ACCGCCGCAGCCUUCGGAGCUCUGGCUCCGCAGACUGGAGCUUUGGAGCUGCUCCUGGAGGGACGAGGCCCCUCCUGAGCUAGGCACAGCUGCAGACAGCUAGGAAAAUUUCUGAGGGAAGAUGAAUUUAGCAGAGAUUUGUGAUAAUGCCAAAAAAGGAAGAGAAUAUGCCCUCCUUGGGAAUUAUGACUCUUCGAUGGUGUAUUACCAAGGUGUCAUCCAGCAGAUCCAGAGACAUUGUCAGUCCAUCCGGGAUCCUGCAAUUAAGGGCAAAUGGCAACAGGUCCGACAAGAACUAGUUGAAGAGUAUGAGCAAGUUAAGAGCAUUGUCAGCACCUUAGAGAGUUUUAAAAUGGAGAGACCUGCCGAUAUCCCUGUGUCCUGUCAAGAUGAGCCUUUCCGAGAUCCUGCUGUUUGGCCCCCUCCUGUUCCAGCUGAACACAGGGCUCCACCUCAGAUAAAACGUCCCAACCGAGAGGUGAAACCUUUGAGGAAGGAGUCCCCAGGGCUGCAGCCCCGCGGGCCCGCGGGCCGAGCGCACCCGGCGCCGCGAAGCGACAAGUCCGCAAGCAGCCGGGAAAGGGAAUCUAGAGCUAGAGGGAGAGAUGACAAGGGAAAGAAAAUAACACAGGAAGGUGCUGGUGAUGGGGAAAUUCCAAAAUUUGAUGGAGCAGGUUACGACAAAGACUUGGUCGAAGCUCUUGAAAGGGACAUUGUGUCAAGGAAUCCAAGCAUUCAUUGGGAUGACAUUGCAGAUUUGGAAGAAGCCAAGAAAUUAUUAAGAGAAGCUGUUGUUCUUCCAAUGUGGAUGCCUGAUUUUUUCAAAGGGAUCAGAAGACCUUGGAAGGGUGUGCUCAUGGUUGGUCCUCCUGGCACUGGCAAAACCAUGCUAGCAAAAGCUGUUGCUACUGAAUGUGGCACAACGUUCUUCAACGUGUCUUCCUCUACUCUGACAUCUAAGUACAGGGGAGAGUCUGAAAAGCUAGUCCGCCUCCUGUUUGAAAUGGCAAGAUUUUACGCUCCAACAACGAUCUUCAUUGAUGAGAUAGAUUCCAUCUGCAGCCGCAGAGGCACCUCGGACGAGCACGAGGCGAGUCGCAGAGUCAAGUCAGAGCUGCUUGUGCAGAUGGAUGGGGUGGGUGGUGCUCUGGAAAAUGAUGACCCUUCCAAAAUGGUGAUGGUGUUAGCAGCUACAAAUUUUCCCUGGGAUAUUGAUGAAGCUCUCCGAAGGAGACUGGAGAAGAGGAUUUAUAUCCCUCUGCCCACAGCAAAAGGGAGAGCAGAACUACUGAAGAUCAACCUUCGGGAAGUAGAGCUGGAUCCUGAUAUCAGCCUUGAAGAAAUUGCUGAGAAAAUUGAAGGCUAUUCUGGUGCUGACAUCACUAACGUUUGCAGGGAUGCCUCCUUGAUGGCCAUGAGGCGCCGCAUCAACGGUUUAGCCCCGGAAGAGAUCCGCGCCCUCUCCAAAGAGGAACUCCAGAUGCCGGUGACCAAGGGGGACUUUGAGCUGGCCCUGAAGAAAAUCUCCAAAUCGGUUUCUGCGGCAGACUUGGAGAAGUAUGAAAAAUGGAUGGCAGAGUUCGGGUCUGCUUAACCUCAGUGACAGCUCUCUCUUGCUGGACUUUUUAAUGGUUUUUGUUGUUUUCACUUGUAAAAUGAGUUGGAAAUCCUUUUAGAGGUUCAAGGAAAGGUCUGCCUCUUUUCCCCCUCCCCUUCUUCCACCCAUGUUCUGGUGACAAGAUCUCAUUUUAAGCCCCAUUCGCAUUUAAAGGGAAUGAACACAGUAACAAACAUAUUAUAAGUGAUAUUUAAUGUCUGAAGAGUUAAACUGGACAAACAGGAAGGGAAAAAAAUAUACUUUUGAGGAUAAUCUGUUACUUGUCUGGUGAAGAGGAGUGUUUCUUGUCUCCAGUAGGGAUCUUUCAUGGCUGAAAUCAAUAGAUCUGCCACGGGGCUGUGAGUACAGAGGCGCUAACAAGGGCUCCCUGUUCCCCCCGUCUUAAGAGCCGCAUCUCAGCGGAGCUGCUGACUCUGCCUGCCUUGAAUGUGGCAUCGAAAUUGCUGUUCUCUCCUGUGGGUCUCUUUGCUCCAGUGUUCAGAGCAAAGUGUGUGGAUAAAUUAGCAUUGCAGGAGGAAGGAAGGAUUGGCCUUCGUUAGGACGUGGGCUCAGCUCUGCUCUCUUGUGCACCCAGGGACACUGAUGUCCCUUUGGACUGGACUGGUGCUGCCUGUGGCUGUUCCUGUUGGAAACGAGAGGAAAAGCUAAAGGGCCUUGUGGGCUUUUAGUCCAGUUUAUGCCUGAGCUCUAAGCGUAGUUCAUCCCAUAGGCACUUUGACUUAAGUUACACCUUGCACUUUUAUGCUUGUGUAUCAUCCAACUAGACUUUGUGCUUUCUAGAUGUUAUUAUUAUUAUUUAAGUACCAGGAAUUUAAUAAAGUAAAAACACUAAUAUUAGGGCUGUCCUUAAAAGAGAUGGCUGUGGGCUUCCACUUCCAAUUAGGCAUGAACUCUUUCCUAACUGUCCUAGGCAAUGGAAUUUGCGUUUGUUUAUGUUGUAGAAGUGUUUACAUUUGUUUUUUUUUUAUGAAGGUUUCAUAAAAAUGUCUAAGUGUGUAACUCCUUUUUGGAAAAUGAUCUCUGUGACCUUGUUUCUGUUCUUACCUGCUUCUUCCCCUCCCAGCCCUAAGCAGAAGCUCAAGUGUGGGGCCGAGACGGGUCGGUGAAACCUAGGAGGGUGCGAGAGCCCUUCUGGGCCCCCGGCUGUGUCCCUGACAUGCAGGGGCUUCUCCUGCUAGGAAGGAGAACAAAAAGGCAGGUUUAUGGAGAAAUACCCACCCUCUGAAGCUGGCGGUGAUUUCCUGGGCAUCUUGGCGACGUGGAGGGGCCCUGCAGGGAUAUUCUGCCCUGGGGCUCUGUGGAGACCUCUGGUGACGGAGCCGCUGUGGCAGAGGGGCCUGGGACCCAGAUGUCUCUCACCAGGUAAGGUCUCCAGGUCCGUCCCCUGCUCCUGCACGGGGACAGGUCCUUCUGCUGCUCCUCUUUGCUAGUUCUUGGGGCUUGCACAUCACGUCAGUGGCUCGUCACGCCGAUCUGAGAACCUUUGGGGCGUGACACGUGUGAGCUGCUGAGGUAAACGCAGCUCUAGUGCGUCUUCCGUUCAGCUGUCAGGGUGUAAACGUGACAGCGUGCAGCGUCUGUCUGGAUGGGCUGCGUUUGGGAUUGUUUUCUGCCUGUCAGUAUUUUUAUUUUUUCUUUUUAUAUGAAGAACACAGCUUGGGUUGAUCCUGUCGCUUUGUAGGUUCUGCCCCAACACGCGUGGAGAAGCGUCAGGGAGAUUAAUAUCGUCAUGGAAAUUCUGUCAGUCUUUUCUCUGGCGUGAAGCUCAGCUGGGACGUGUUUCCAUGUGGCACUCCGGAAAAAUACCUGUGGGGCUUGGCUGUGACACAGCUGCUGUUGAUACUUUUCUGAAGAACAGAGUGUC